GCGGAAAUAAACAAAAUACUGCUGUCGGCUUGGGUAGAAAGUAUGAAUUAAUCGGUUUAGUUUGUUGUUAGAGAAAAGGUAGUAUAAAAUGUAGUGUAAUAAAAUUCAUAUUAAAUGCACCCGAGCUGUUUUGUGUUCAGGUAGGUUUAAUUUCAGACUUAAAUGUUUGAUGGUUAAACUUCUAAACAACACCCUCACGUGCUGUCCAUGUGGUCAAUCCAAAGCAUAGGCACUCAGAUAUUAUUAUUAUUAUUAUUAUUAUAUAUUCAACUUUCCUUUUAAUCAAUAAUCACUGAAUGCACUCAGUAGACCAAGCUGGUUAUAUUUAAAUACCCAAGUUUAAUUAGAGUUGCUGCCAUGGACUGGAGUGCAACAGAACCAAGUAUCCAGUCUGAUAAACACAGUGAGUGUGUGAAUGAGGAGAAUCAGACUGUUCACAUAAGCUUCUGCGGAUCCACGCCUUUGCUGUGGAGGGCAGCCGAUAUUAGAAAGUGUAGAGAAGAGGCCGGGGUGAUCGGGACUCUUGUGGGGUCUCUGGCGAGAAAGCCAAGGCAGAACGUCAGACUGGGAAGACCUCUUGAAAUCCUGCAGGAGGAGGCCAGGCUGCUGCUGGAGACUGGAAAGGCGACUGCUAUACGACAUAAAGAGCUGCCUGAAAGUGAAGAAGUUCGUUCGAAGGCAGUUGAGUUGUACAAAGCCAGACUAGAUCAGAGUUAUGAGGAGCAGUGUGCUCUCGCCCUGGAGGACAAGAAGACUGUACUGCAAAGAGUAAUGAAUGAGAAACAGAAUGAUCACACAGGUAAUGAGGGAGCAGAGCAGGCAGUAAGAAAGAGACUUGAAUCUCUGGAGAAGAGUUUCUCUUUCCCUCGUUCUGCCAUGGCUGUCCAACUCUGCACUGCUCGUGCCGGCUUCAGUCACUGUCCAGAGGAACAUGCUUUCCUGGCUGCCGAUUGGCCACUGCCUAGAGACCAGCGCUCAGAGACAAGAUUCCGGGUUUAUAAGGAUCUUAGGGGAAAAGGCUUCUACCUAACUGCAGCCGGGAAGUUUGGGGGAGAUUAUCUGGUGUAUCCAGGUGAUCCACUCCGCUUUCAUGCUCACUUCAUUGCCCUAUGCUUGGCGAUGGAUGAAAAGCUACCGAUUUUUGACGUUUUUGCUAUAGCGAGGCUGGGAUCCAAUGUAAAGAAAACAGUGAUACUUUGCUCACCACAGGAUACCAGGGACAGCGGAGAGGAAAUAGGAGAGGAGGUGGUGUAUUCAUCUUUACAGUGGAGUGGAAUGGUAUAGCACACUAAGGGAUUAGACUCAGACGAGUGAUCUUGUUUUUUAGGACUUAAUAAGCUGCUGGACUUGAAUGGACUUGAGUUCGAAAGCAUGAGUAUUUAAUAUAAAAUAAAGAUUAAAAAAUAUUUUUACAUUGUCA